GUUGACACUGACAGUUCGAUUGGGAGAUGGGAGUUUAAUUUUUGUGAUAUUGAAAAACAAAAGUUUUUUCAUCAAUUAAUGAAGUGAAUAUGAACAUAAACGUUAUACUCCCCUAAGGAAUAAUUUCAGACUUGGAAAUGUCUGAUCAUCAAAUAGAACUUUCUGUUCAGGAAACAGAUGUCAUAUCCAACGAUUCUGAUAUUGAAUGUUCCCAGAGUGUCUGCUCAGAUACCCAUAGUGACAACACUUCAGCUUCCGGAUUAACAGAAAAAAGUAUUGUAUCUGACUCCACUAUUCAUGCUCUAACAGGGGGUAGCGAAGGUGACAAUUCUGCAAGUCAUUCAGCAACAUCCCCAGGACUUGAAAGCAGAUCAAAUUUUACAGCAGUUGGCAACAGGGGAAUAUUAUUACCAUGGGGUGCCCAGAAAGAGAGAGUUUCAUAUUCUGGACAACAUAUGGAGUUGGAUAUGAGGCCAGGCGAAUUUGUGAUGAGAAAUUUAUUUGCGGACUUCACCGUCUUGGCCGAGAAAAAAAUCGAAUCUGUGAUGACUGAACCACAGGAAAAACCAUUAUCAAAAACGUUGCAAAGAGGAGAGGAUGCACAAUUUGAUCAGCUUCUUGUUGCCUUUGGAUCAGUUGCUGAACACUGCUUACCAUCACUUUUAAGGGCAUUAUUUUCAUGGUAUGAAAGACAAAUGUCCGAAGUUUCAAAUCCAGAACAAAAAAAGUCUGAUAUUAAACAAAAGAGUAUUAUUAAUAUAGUUGCGGGGAAUACUACAGAGACUGUUGAACGAUCUGAAGCUGAUAUCCAAAAAGAAAAACGAGAUCUGGCUGUGGAAUUCAUUUUCUGUCUCGUAUUGAUUGAGGUUUUGAAACAAAUGAGUCUGCAUCCUGGUCAUGAGGAUCUUGUUCAGUAUAUCGAGAAUCUUGCAAUCAAACAUUUCAAACACCACGAAGGCAUUCAGAACAGUCCGAAUAGUGCCAAUAUACACAUGAUAUCGGAUUUGUAUGCGGAAGUGAUAGGAGUUUUGGCGCAGUCUCGAUUUAUGUCUGUCAGAACUAAAUUCAUGGCAGAGCUGAAAGAUCUCAGGUCUCGAGAGUCUAGUCCAAACACGACUCAGAGCAUUAUAAGUUUGCUGAUGGGAAUGAAGUUCUUCAGAGUGAAAAUGGUUCCCAUUGAAGAUUUUGAGGCCUCCUUUCAGUUUAUGCAAGAGUGCGGGCAGUAUUUUCUUGAAGUCAAAGAUAAAGAUAUCAAACAUGCUUUGGCUGGACUUUUUGUUGAGAUUCUCGUUCCUGUUGCUGCAGCUGUGAAAACUGAAGUAAAUGUGCCCUGUUUAAAAAAUUUCGUUGAGAUGCUGUAUGCCCAGACGUUGGAUGCUAGUACAAAAUCAAAGCAUCGACUGGCAUUAUUUCCUCUGGUCACAUGUCUACUAUGUGUGAGUCAAAAACAGUUUUUUCUUCAAAACUGGCAUUAUUUUCUUGCUAUGUGUCUAUCUCAUUUGAAAAAUAGGGAUCCUAAAAUGUGCCGAGUUGCUUUAGAAUCUCUCUACCGCCUUUUGUGGGUAUACAUGAUACGCAUAAAGUGUGAAAGCAAUUCUGCUACACAGUCGAGACUCCAAAGCAUCGUUAACUCUCUUUUUCCCAAAGGUUCCAAGGGCGUCGUACCGCGAGACACCCCUCUGAACAUUUUCGUGAAAAUUAUCCAGUUCAUUGCACAGGAACGUUUAGAUUUUGCGAUGCGCGAAAUUGUCUUCGACUUAUUAUCUGUAGCCCGACCGUUCAAACUGAUUUUAACUCCUGAAAGAAUGAGUAUUGGUCUGAGGGCGUUUCUCGUUGUUGCCGACAGUUUGCAACAGAAAGAAGGCGACCCGCCUAUGCCUAGAUCUGUAGGCGUCCUGCCGAGUGGAAACACUUUGAGAGUACGCAAAACAUUUCUGAAUAAAAUGCUGACCGAGGACACUGCCAGAAGUAUCGGAAUGAACGCGUAUUUUCCUCACGUUAGGAGGGUUUUCGUUGACAUCUUGAGAGCUUUAGACACCCAGUAUGGACGUCCGCUCAUGAUGACCAACACCCAAAAUGUUAAUAAGGAACCCGAUGAAAUGAUCACCGGCGAGAGGAAACCUAGAAUAGAGUUAUUCCGAACUUGUGUUGCUGCCGUACCCCGUCUGAUACCUGACGGAAUGACCAGCGCCGAGUUAGUUGAUCUACUAAGUCGACUCACCGUUCAUAUGGAUGAAGAACUAAGAGGGCUGUCGUAUUGUAGUCUACAGAGUUUGGUGGUCGAUUUUCCUGAUUGGCGACAAGAUGUUCUCUGGGGCCUCACCCAGUUUGUUGCCAAAGAUGUUUUGGAUACUUUUCCCCAGCUGAUGGAUCAUGGGUUGAAGAUGAUUUUGACAUUGUUAUGCGCCUGGAAGUCUGCUGUUACUGGAAACAAUACUUUUUCGACGAAUACAUUGCGUUUAGGCAAGGAUUACAAUGAUUUGAAACCAGGCCCACCAGAUCCAAAUCUAACUAAGAGAACAGAUCAAAUCAAAUCUGAACCAUUGUCAUCAGUUCUCCACCUGGUAGAAGCACUUGCUCUUGUCAUGCUUUGUACCUACAGAUUACCAACUCGCAGGCUGUGUGUUUUGAUAUUGAAAGAAGUGAAGAGCUUGUUGAAGGUACUCAACUGCUCAGAACAUCCCCCUCUCAUCGACGUGAUGGAUCAGUAUUGCUUUCAAGUCGUCGAGAAAUGUUCACCACUCUUGCCUCCAACCGAAAAAACAGCCAUGCAGUCCGUGGCUAAUAUCGAUUUGCAAUGGUUGACCGAUAGGAAUUCUUCCAUUUGGACUGCUGGUUUAUUUGAGGAUGGCUCUGUGAAGAAUGCUGCCAAUUACAAUUUUUUGGUGGUGGAUCCCUGGAGUGUUUGUUAUUUUGGAUUUUUGGAGAAAGAUAUUAUUUUGAGCUUGUGCCCUCUUGUGACAAUGCAUUCGUGGCCCAUAGUAUUUACAAGACUGAGCGCUUUAUAUACUGUUGUUGAUCCGACACCUCUGAAUGAUAACAGAGCCUCGCUGUUGAGGAGUGCAACUGCUGUGAAGAAACCCCCUACGGAACGUGAUGCUUACAUGCAUUUAUGGAAAAACUAUAUAACAUUCGCUUUUAGAGUGGCUCCUUUGAUAUCGAAUCCCAUUGUUCGCUGUGCCAGUCCAGAUCUGAGUUUGAGUUCAUCACCAGACAGUUUCAAUACUGAAAAGACGGACAAUAAACUUACCCCAACAAAUAUUUCUUCUAUAUCUUUAUACAAAUUAGUAGUACCACAUUUACGUUGUGAGGUGACUGAUAUUAGAGAUGCUGCAGUAUAUGCGCUUGGAAAUAUAAAUGGAUCUGCUUUAAGGGAUUUGUUUGAUGAAUUAACCGUUUACAUUCGAGAAGCGAUUGAUAAAAAACAGGAGAAUGUGAGAAGGAGGAGAAGGAGAGAUGCUUUAAGACUGCAAAUUAUGAGACUGCUAGAGUAUAUUGCUGAAAACGGAACUUUUGCAAUAAGCUCCUGUGUAUUAGACAGAGAUUCUCAAUCUCUAAUUCCCAUAUUGGUCGAAUUCAUAGAUGGGGUUCGAUAUUAUUUAGAAAAUGAACCUGACAAAAAUUCAAGCAGCGUUAGGGACCUCACCCUACAUUUCUGUUAUUUCAUCAGGAAAAUGAUCAAAAGUUUCAGCUUGGAAGGCUGCAGAAGUUUAUUGAAGAGGGAUCUUAGGAGGAAUCUGUUUACUUUAUUCACCAACUGGGCAGGAAAAUAUGGGAUUCCUAACGUUAAAAUGACAUUGGAAGGAGAUAUGGCCAAUAAGAAACAUAUAGAACUUCAACAUGCAUCGUUGCAAGCAAUGAGUUCACUAUUAUGCUGCGGACUCUGUUUUGAUUCCUUGACUGAAGAAAGUGCGUACUAUUUAUGGUUAGAUGGGCUUUUGAAUAGCACCGACGAAAAGGUUUACAGUUUGGCUCAAGAAACCGUAAUUUUAUUGUUGGAAUCAAAUCCUGAUGUAUCUCCUCUACUAGACUGGGUAGUUGAUAAGUGCUACACAGGAACAGCUGUAGUUGCUGAUAGUUGUUUUAUGGCUUUGGCAACCAUAUUCAGUGCAAGAGAGUAUCCAUGUGAUCACUAUACAGCCAUCAUCAAUGUAACUUUGAUGAACACAGGAUGUCCAAGGCAAGUUGUUAGAGAUACUGCUUUACAGUUGCUUCAGUUACUCGACAAGAGGUUCUUUGGUUGUGUGGGCCCCUUGGCAGAAAACGAUUUAGCUGAAGGAGAUAAAGGAAGAGGAACCUUGGAUGCCAUAUUAGCAACAACUUACUGCAGAUCACAAAUUCAUUUAUCAAGGCAGCUGGCUCUGCUUCAUCCGGAGUUAACAAUGCCAAUGUUUUCAGAGAUCACCUAUAGAUUUCAGUCAGCAAGACCGGAAGUGAGACAGUUAUUAUUGCAAUAUCUGCUUCCGUGGUUGCAUAAUAUGGAACUUGUUGAUCCCAACAUUCCUCCAAUCAAUAUGCACAUUUAUCAGUUUUAUGCCAGUGAAGUUGGGGCAGAACGAAAAGAAGGUUGGGGAUCGGUGGAAGCCACUGAAAUGGUUCUGAAUAAUAUUUUCUAUAUCACUGCAAAGUUUGGGGACAAUCAUCCGAAAGAAAUCGAAGAAAUAUGGUCUACCCUGUGUACCACCUGGCCAAAUAAUAUGAAAGUUAUCAUAAGGUAUCUCAUAAUAGUAUCUGGAAUGGCACCUUGCGAACUUUUGCCUUACGCCAAAAGAGUUGUUCUUUACUUGGCCCGAGUUCAGUCGGUUAGACUGUUGGACGAAAUGAUGGUUGAGUUACAGACAGUUGAAACCUUGAACUGUCUCAUAGAAAGAACGGAAACUCCGCCAUUUUAUCGUUUGACAGUGAUGAGGAAGACUUCCAGCCAUUCGGAUGGAACCAAUGGUGUAUCAGGGCAAGCAGAUUCUAAUAGUAGAAAUGACUUGAAUAUAGAAAAAGGCACCAUACAUACUAAAAGACAUAGUGGCGAGGAUCCCUGUAAAUCCUCAAUAGUCAAAUCGGAAUCAGCUUCCAAUGUGUUUUCUGAAUUCGCAAUGUCAAGGCCCGAAAAAACAAGAAAUCAGGAUGAGAUGACUAGUUCUUUAGAAGAGGUGGCAAUUGAAGAAGAUGUGAUUCUUCGUGACAAAUUGGAUAUACCUCAGCCCCAUCCACUGCCAAUGCCUGAAUUUGGGGGAUACUUUGCCCCAUUGACAGAAUAUUUACCUGAUAGUUCUCAACCAAUAUCAGGAUUUCAUAGGUGUAAUGUUGGAGUGAUGUUGUUGUGUGACAUUGUCGUUGAUGGAAUCGAAUUGGACUGGACGAUACAUGUUCCGUUGAUGUUGCAUAUCUCGUUUUUGGGACUAGAUCACAAUCGACCUCUAGUAUACCAACACUGUAAACAGUUACUGCUCAAUUUACUGAUUGUGCUCGCACAUCAUAAUGAUCAUUUGACAGUGGCUCAUAUUUUACUAAACAGCAAGACAAAACAGUUGGAGUUGGGUUUGACAACGCCUACGCUAUCAACUGUCGUGGAACAUGCAUUCACAGAGUCAGAUCCAGCGAUCAACGAAUUUUUACAAAAUCAAAUUGCACCCAGUGGAGCAGCUGACAAUAGUGCAAAAGUAAAUGUACCAUCAGUCCAAGCACCUAAAUCCGAGGAACCAGAAAUUAUUUCAGAAGAAGAAAGAGAUGCUGCGAUACCACAAGUAGUCGUCAUUCCAGACAACAUAGAACCCGUACCGGCAACUAAAAUAGAACUGACUGUUUCGGUAAUUGUGAAAUCGUUGAUACAAUUUCUUGCGACACGCCAAAACGCGCCGUUAUGGAACUACGAAGACAUCACAGCAAAAGUGUGGACGAUUCGAAGUUUCGAACAAAUUGACAUGUUCAUGCAAUACAUUUUGAAAGUUUUCAGAGAAUCUCUACCUAACGCCCACAUCAAUGAACGGUGGGCCCAAACCGCUUUGCAGUUGGGGCUGAGUUGCUCGUCUAGACAUUAUGCAGGCAGGUCGUUGCAGAUUUAUAGAUCUCUGAGGGUUCCUAUCACGUCAAGAAUGCUGUCAGAUAUUCUGAGUCGACUAGUCGAAACAGUCGCUGAACAGGGAGAGGAUAUGCAAGGCUACGUAACAGAAUUAUUAUUAACUCUCGAAGCAGCAGUAGAGUCACUAGAAUCUGACUUCCGGCCAUUGGAUUUCAUGAAGGACUUCUUCAAAUCUACCCCUAAUCUCAACAACAAGGAAGCUACUCCCCUGAAACGCAAUGCCGAAGGAACUCCAGCGAACGUAGUUGGUGCCCCUUUCUACAACUACUCGUCUAUAAUUGGCCACGCUCGAAGUACCAGUUACUCAGUAAGCUACGGCUUAAGAAAGAGUACACAGUCGUCGAGCGAAGUGAAAGACCGCAACAGACAUACCGGUGAAAUCGACCCUCGAACCGGGUUGAACAAAUUCUCUCCGAAUCUCUCAAGAUCGAGAUCUGCACAGAGUUUGAAGAUGUUGGGAGACUCCGCCACUCAAGAUGACAAGUUGACGAUAUUGGCGCAACUGUUUUGGUUGGCUGUUUCUCUUCUGGAGUCCGAUUACGAACACGAAUUCUUGCUAGCUGUGAGAUUGUUGGCUAGUGUUAUGCAUAGGCUUCCUCUUGAUAGACCGGACGCCAGGGAUAAGGUCGAGAAACUUCAGCUUCAACUGAGGUGGAACUCUUUUCCAGGAGUUCACGCAUUGUUAUUGAAGGGUUGCACCCAUCCCAACAUAUAUGAGCCAGUCGUGGCACUUUUAUCACAUUUCACCCUUCUCCUGAAUUUCAUCGUGGUGGAUCCUUCACAAAGCAUCGCUUUUCCAAUGAAUGUCAUAGCUAUGCUACCUUACAUGCUCUUGAAUUACGAAGACGCCAAUGAGCUUUGCAUUCGAGCUGCUGAAAAUAUUGCUCAGGUGAGCAUCGAAAAGGGUAAAAAAUUAGAGAAUCUUGGAACUGUCAUGAAUUUGUACAGCAGGAGAACGUUCAGCAAGGAGAGUUUUCAAUGGACCAAAUGCGUUGUGAAAUAUCUCCAUGACAUUUAUUCCCAUCUGAGUUUGAACAUGCUGUCGUUUUUGAUCGAAGUCUUAGAAAAAGGACCCAGCAAUCUUCAGCUGCCAAUCCUGAACAUAGUUCACUGUAUUUUGCAUUACGUAGAUUUGGCCUCUGCUGCAGCUCAGCCAGUCAAUGCUGAUUUGUUGAAAGUUAUUGUUAAGUACGUGGAAGGGCCAAACUGGAAGGAGGCGCUGAAAAUACUGAAGUUGGUGGUUAGCAGAUCGAGUUCUUUCGUAGCUCCGCCCAUUUCAGUGUUGUCACAUUGGGAAACUUUGGCAGCUCCCAUACCCCACCCUUCUUUCAACGAAGAUGCGUUUGUCAGGAAAGAGCUACCAGGAAGAACCAUGGAGUUCACGUUCGAUAUGUCUCAAACUCCUGUAAUAGGUCGAAGAUAUCUGAACAAAUCUGAAGAACAAAGUGCAUCAGCAAUAUCUGCAACUCCCAGAAGAUCUUGUUCUAUCAGCCCCGCUGAUGUUUCUCCUUUGUCUGGUUGGAAGAGACCGUGGAUGUGUCAGGGUAGAGUCAGGGAGUGUCUGGUUAACCUCUUGACAACGUUCGGUCAACGAGUCGGUUUAUCCAAGAGCCCUUCAGUUAUAUUCAGUCAAACCUCUGACAUUAUAGAAAGACAAUCUAGCAUGGCUUCAAGCACCGAAGAAGUUUCAGCCGGUAAUAAUGAUAUGAGCGGCGGUUCGAGGAGAGAUGACGCUGCUGCAGAAUUUGGGGUUUUCAAAGAUUUCGACUUUCUUGAGUAUGAGAGUGAAAGCAUUGAUGGUGAAAGUACAGAUAAUUUCAAUUGGGGUGUUCGCCGCAGACCCCUGAGUCAAGGAGAAGAUGAUCAGACUGCCACAAAACAACUUGAGGAUAGUGUUAGCGAAAAAACUCCGGUAUUGACUGUUAGAAAGAGAAUUUUGACGGAAGAAUCAUCCGAUGAUGAAAUCGGAUCGGAAUCGCCACUUGAUGAAAUUGCAAUAGCCCCUGAGUUUGAUAAUAGUAUGAUUGACAGCAGUUCCAUGUUUCCACCUUCCUCCCUAGCCCUGAGAGAGAAUAAUUCUCAGGUUCAAUCUAGUGCUAGAUCUGAUACCAGCGGUUCAAGUGCUGGUGAUUUAGGAGAAGUAACUCCGUGUAAUGCUUCUCCGAAUUUAUCUUCAUUGAUAAAUAUGAGAGCAGUUUCUAAAAGUGACGUAUUUGAAAACUGGACGAGCUAUAUACAAACAAACAUGUUGCAAACACCUGCUAACACUCUGCAAUUUUUUCAUCAGUUCCAGAAACUAGUAGGGGACAUAUGUAUGUCAGCGACUGAAAUAACUCGAGAAUCUUGCUCUUUCAUGUCCCAAUCAGCAAUGAGUGGUCUACCAACUAUCAAGUUGAUUAGUUCAAGAUUGAUGUCAAUGAUCGACAUCAUCACCUUCCGCAUCUUGCCAGUGAAUCUGAUUUGGUUCAACACCUUGGCAAUAAGUAAUUCCAAGUUUUUCGAGACUUUGAAGUAUGGGAUGUUAGAAGUCCAAGAGCAUCUGGAGACAUUUUGUGAUAAGAAAGAGCAAGCCACUAUGUAUUGUGACGCUGUCAAAACUACUUUGAAGUUGGAACGCUUAAGUGGACAACAAUCGGAUUUUCAUCAUGAACAGUAUUUACUAGAUUUGGGGAAAGCUCUCUACAAGUUAUAUUUUCAACUUUUGCUCUUGGUCGAAGCUGGAAACAAAAUGGUUGCCAUUUUGCACAACAGUCUGAAGGCUGCUGAAUUUAAGGAUGUCACAUCAGAUAUAAUGUCAAUUAAAAACGCCUUGACAAGAGCCUACGAGGAUACAGAUGCGGACGGUGGAAUAGCUUCUGCAAUGGGCGGUUGUGUCAGUUCUGAAAACCUCCUCUCGAAUUUGUGUAGGCUUGUCGAGAAUGAGAAAUGGACUUCAGUUAUUUUAUAUUUCAAAUGCAAUCGAGAGGAGUUCAUGAAGGAGUUCGAAGAAUUAUGCGAUAAGGAUAAUGAUGUUAUUUCCAUUCUGAAUAUUUAUUGCAAGAAACUUGUCCAUGACAAACCUGAAUAUUUUGUGAUAACAAAUCAAGACUCUGACUUGGCGGAUGUUUUUGGAAGACUGUUUCAGGUGUCAGCUGCAGUUUCUGAUUUAGAAGGAGUUUUGAAAGAGCAACCUAGUAAAACAACUAGUACUCCGAUAAAAUAAAUUAGGAUAUCAAUGUGACGUUAUGAUAUUUUUUAGUUGGUACAGCUUUCAUGUUACUCUUGAAGAACUCGAUUUGAAAACCAUGAAUUUUACGCACAUUAUAGUUUAUAGAAAAGGCUUAACACUUGUAAAGACUCUUCAGGUACAGAUGGGCGAAUGAGGUUUUGGCGAAAUUGAAGCUAAGACGAAGUUCAUCUUUCAGGCAACACAGAUCACAAGACUUUUGUGAUACAAACUGCGACAUAUCAUAUUGACUGGUGCUGAUUAUAAUUUUUGUGUAACAACUUGUAACAUAAAUGUUGUACCAGACAUAUCUCUCUAUAAAGUCAAAUAAUUUAAGGGUUAUUCAUCAAGUGAUUUAUACUCAGAAGAAAUGUUUCAAGUAUUUUUUUUAUCAGCGUUUAUUGAAAAAUUACAAAAAAACUUCCAUAGAUAUGCCAAAGUGUAUGCAUAGGAAAAAAUACUAUUUAAUUGC